CGCCGAGAGCCAUCUUUAACAGAGAUGCUAUCAUGCUGCAUUCAAGUGCAACGUGCUGCCAUUUAGAAGAUUGAUUUUGACCUUUUCGCCUUAUCUUUGUACUUACUGGAGGGUUUUUUUUUUCUUCUUUCUCUUUUUUUUUUAUGGAUGGAGUGUUUUUUAGGGUUAGUCUGCCAAGCUGAAAGACAGACAGUGUGCUGAAUGACAGCUUUAUGUUUAAAUUGACUGUUAUAUUGUGUUUGGACAUUUUUAUUUUUAUUUUCAAAUAAUAAAUUCAAAGCUUUGGGUAUUAAAUGUUAACAUGAAAUCAUCGGCUUGUAAUUGUUGCGAUGAUGAAGCAUUUCGGAUUGCUGAAAAAUGUAAGGGGGUGUAAUGUUUGAGUCUUGGCGGAGGUCUCUUGUUACAUUUGAAUGCAAUUCUUGUUAAAAGUGUUUGUUUCCAAGUAGGCACAGUUGCACUGAGGCGCCACUAGGGGGCAUCCUGAGGACACAACAGGACAAGUUUCUUCUCCAAAGUCCUUCCUAACCCCCCCUCCAUCCCUGAGUGUGGGUAUAAAGCAUCCCUCCGCCGCCUCUCUGAUGUACAAACAGCAGCUCAGCCUCCCAACUCCGCAUCCUUCUCCCCGAGACCACCUCGUCCGUCUCCCACCUCGGGACCGCCCCUUCACCCUUGUCACUUUAUCCCCCCCCAAUCAAGUUGUUGCCAGAGGGGAGGCUUUUCCAGAGGCGUUGGAGAGGAGCGGCGCCCGGGCGACGCGCUGGCAGGUCCGACAUGACGAGCACGUGGUGCUGCGCUCUGCUGCUGUCCGUCGUCCCUCUGGUGGUCAAUGUGGACUCAAGAUCAGGAAAUGCGGAGUUGAGAGAAAGUUCCAAGUCCAAGAUGAAGACUUACUGGCCUGAGAGCAGCAAGGCUCUGUCCAUCAGCCGCCUCCUGGCUCAGACGCUGGACAGAAAAGAGAACUUCACGUCUCUGGACGUGGACUUCGAGGACGACGCCAAGACGUGGAAGUGGCUCUAUAACGUCUCCGGCUCCUCCCCCCGCGAGGUUCGCUCGCGGGCUAAGAGGAGGCCUAUCGUAAAGACGGGCAAGUUCAAGAAGAUGUUCGGCUGGGGGGACUUCCACUCCAACAUCAAGACGGUGAAGCUCAACCUUCUCAUCACCGGGAAGAUCGUGGACCACGGCAACGGGACCUUCAGCGUCUACUUCCGCCACAAUUCCACCGGUCAGGGCAACGUCUCUGUGGGACUGGUUCCCCCGACCAAGGCUGUGGAGUUCCAGGUGCAGCCGCCCCCGCAGUACCACCAGCACCACCACCAACAGCAGCACCUCCACCACGUCCAGCAGACGGACGUGGAGACCAAGGAGACCAAGCUGUUCAACUGCAGGGUGGAGUACGAAAAGGUAGAGAAGGGCACCAGGAACUCGCUGUGCGCCCACGACCCCUCGCAGAGCUGCCCCCAGGAGCAGACCCAGAGCCACGUGUCCUGGCUCUGCUCCAAGCCCUUCAAGGUCAUCUGCAUCUUCAUCACCUUCCACAGCACCGACUACAAGCUGGUGCAGAAGGUAUGUCCCGACUACAACUACCACAGCGACACCCCCUACAUGCCCACCGGCUGAGGGGGCAGGAGGAGGAGACUUCGGCCGCCGGACCGGUCCUGGUUUUUGAACCGAGCAGGAGUCCCAGUCUGGAUGUCACCUAGGAGGCGUUCAAGGCACUCGCAAAAAAGAAAUCUCCCUCCAAGCGAAAGAGUUUUUAUACGACAGCAAUCAGCGUCGGCAGCCUGACGAGGAAAAACAAACAUUUAUCUAAAAAGAAAGGAUGACUGAACUGGGAACAACUCGGAAUGUUGGCUGAAGUUGCAGGAAAAGUAUGGUUCAUAAGUGAAACAAGACGGAGGACCUGAAUGAAAACGAGCAGUGGUCAUCUCCCACAGAGACAACCUCCAAUCCUGUCCACUCGCACCACUAAUCGUCUUGGUGCCUGGUUUUCUGCACCCGCCCUCAAUAACAACAACAUGCUAACAUGGACACUCCUGUUGCUAGGCAGAUUUCAGGCGGCGCUUUCAUUGGCAUCCCACUGGGCGGGGAGAAACAGCAGAGAAAGAUGAGAUAGGCUGCGGAACCCCCGCCACUCCACCCUCACCCCGCAACUCUGAACGGGACAAGCGAGGUGGGACCAAGUCGUUGUUUUGCAAGUCACAAGUAAGUCUCAAGUGUUUGCCCUCAAGUCUCGAGUCAAGUCUCGAGUGAAGACAGGCAAGUCCUGAGUCAAGUCCUAAGUCAAGACUGGAAAGUCUCAAGUCAAGUCCCAAGUCCUGCAUUUUGAGUUUCAAGUCAUUUCAAGUCCUUUUAACCCCAGACUAAUGUAUUUACACAGAUUGUGUAUGCUUUUAAAUGCUGUAUGCAUUUAUUAAAACAAGUGCAUUUGAAACUGCAGAAAAAAAAUAGUGCUGACAUUGCACUUCAUAAUAGCACUAUUAAC